CUCCCCAGGAGGCGCGCGACCCCUUCUCUUCCCUCACGGACUAGGAGGCUUUCUUGGGCGGGAAGAGGGAGGGAGUAAGACCGCGGUGGGCGGCGACGCCAACCAGCGCAAUUGUUAAAUGCCCUCACGCUGGCGGCAGGCCCCGCUUCUGCUCCGCAAAGGGAAGCAAUGGGUCGGGCGAGCGGGCAGGCGGGGUCCUGAGCGGGGAGUCCGGCGUGGGGCAGCAUGCUGGCGUCCGGCGUGGAACCCCGGCGGGUCCAGCCGCCCGCCCCGGACCCCGACCCUCAGCAGCGCUGGGCCCGGCUCUUCGACCAGCUGGACGCCAACAAGGACGGCCGCGUGGACAUCAACGAGCUGCGCGAGGGCCUGGCCCGCAUGGGCAUGAACGCCGGGGCCCACGCCGAGCAGGAUAUCCUACGUGUGGGGGAUACAGACCAUGAUGGGCAACUUAAUUUUGAGGAAUUUGCACGCUAUCUCCAGGAGCGCGAACGCAAGCUGCUGCUGAUGUUCCACAGCCUAGACCGCAACAAUGAUGGCCAGAUUGAUGUCUCUGAGAUCCAGCAAACCUUCCACGGUCUGGGGGUUUACAUCUCCCUCCUGCAAGCGGAGAAAAUCUUGCACAGCAUAGACAAGGAUGGCACAAUGACCAUUGACUGGCACGAAUGGCGGGACCAUUUUAUCCUCAAUCCCCUGGAGAACAUGGAGGAGAUUGUACACUACUGGAAGCACUCAACAGUCCUUGACAUUGGUGAGUGCCUCACUGUCCCAGAUGAGUUUUCCGAGAAAGAGAAGAAAACUGGGAUGUGGUGGAAACAACUUAUUGCUGGCGCUAUGGCCGGUGCUGUCUCUAGGACGGGAACGGCACCAUUGGACCGGCUGAAAGUGUUCAUGCAGGUGCACGCUUCGAAGAGCAACAACAUGAAUGUGUUGGGGGGGUUGCAAGGCAUGAUACGUGAAGGAGGCAUCCGCUCACUAUGGCGAGGCAAUGGCAUCAACGUGCUCAAAAUCGCACCUGAGUCUGCCAUCAAGUUCAUGGCCUACGAACAGAUCAAACGGGCAAUUCGUGGACAGCAAGAGACCCUGAGGGUGCAGGAGAGAUUUAUUGCUGGUUCACUAGCUGGUGCCACAGCACAGACUAUAAUCUACCCUAUGGAGGUUCUGAAGACACGGCUGACCCUCCGCAAGACAGGCCAAUACUCAGGAGUAGCUGACUGUGCCAGGAAGGUCCUGCAAAAGGAAGGGGUCCGUGCCUUCUACAAGGGCUACCUGCCUAACAUGCUGGGCAUCAUCCCCUAUGCUGGCAUUGACUUGGCAGUUUAUGAGACUCUGAAGAAUACCUGGUUGCAGAAGUACAGCAAAAACACCGCUGACCCAGGCGUUCUGGUGCUUUUGGGCUGCGGCACAGUCUCCAGCACCUGCGGCCAGAUUGCCAGCUACCCCUUAGCACUGGUGCGGACACGAAUGCAGGCGCAAGUACCACUUCCCACGUGUUUCAACAAGAGCGGCUUCCGUCCGCGAUCUUUGAGCAGAAGAGAGGUGAGUGAGCGAGAGGCCUCUUCCGGUAACCAUCGCUAUGACAACCCGAGGGGAAAAUGGAAACGCUCUCCGUGUCCUUACUGACAAAAAAGAACGCAAAUCACACUGUAUCUCCGCCUUCUCGUAUGCUUUCAACCAAUGGGAGUAUGACUUCUGUGAGGAGGAAAUCAGGCGGAAGUGGAAUUAUCUCUCAUUCCCCCUCCCUUCCCCUUCCUACCGCCUUUGGGGAUCUACGUGCUUCAUUGUGUUGCCGCUCUAGCCGCUUUCUUCGCAGUUUCCUGCUUAUGUAUUUAUUUAUUGUGACAGAGGCGUACCGAGGGUACAGUUGUAAUGUAUUUAAAAACACAAAGUUAAAAACUUGGCUUUGUACUAAAUGUCUUUUGACCAGUAGCUGGCCACUUGGAGUGCCUCUGGUAUUGCUGUAGGAAGGUCUUCCAUAGUGCAUGCGGCAGGGCUGAUUGCAUUGUAAUAGGUGGUCUGUGGUUUGCUCUGCUCCACACUCGCUUGUCGUGGACUCCACUUUGUGGCCCCAUUUCUUAAGGUUGGCUCUGCAUCUUGUGGUGCCAGAGCCCAGUCUGUUCAGCGCCUUCCAAGUUGCCCAGUCUUCUGUGUGCCCAGGGGAGAGUCUCUCAUCCGGUAUCAGCCACUGAUUGAGAUUCCCGAUUUUAGCCUGCCACUUUUGGACUCUCACUUGCUGAGGUGUUCCUGCGAGUAUCUCUAUAGAUCUUAGGAUGCUGUUUCUUGAUUUAAGGUGUUGGUGUGCUGGCUGAUAUCUGAACAGAGGAUGGGCUGGAGAUGCCAAUGCCUUGGUCCUUUCAUUAGAGGCUGCUAUUUCCUUAUGGAUGUCAUUUGGUGCAAUACUAACUAAACCAGUGGUUCCCAACCUUUUUUGACCAGAGCGCACUUGACCAGGGCCCAUGUUGACCAGGAAUCACUCUGCAACAUUAGUAACGAAAGGGUUACAAAUCAAUUUUUGGUCAACUUUAGAUUCAGUUUGGUUAUUUGAGGUGCUGAUUCAAAAAAUUGCAUUGGAUAGACCACAUCAGCUCUAUUUUCUGAAAUGGAACAUAUGCCAUCCAGUAGUCAACAUCUGCUCACUCACAGAAAACCAUAUUUAAUAAUCUAGGCCUGAUGUGGUCUAUCCAAUGCAAUGGUUAGCUCUCCGGGAAGGGGGAGAAAUAAAAUUAAUAAAGAGGAAGGAGGUUUGCGGAUCGGAUUUUCGUUCACUCAGCCCACUGCUGGGCCACGACCCACGGGUUGAGAACCACUGGGCUAGACGAUAUAAUUUCUCCAACCACGUAUGGCGUAGGCAUCCUGUGAUAAUGUGGCAUGUCUCAUUAAGAGCCACAUGCAAACACAAUAAAAGGGUAAAUAAGUAAUGUUAUAGGUACCACAGUGACUAGGGACGGAAGUCAAGAUGAGGGGUGCACGGGUGUGUGGGUUAACUUUGUGUAGGAUGUGGGCAAUACAGAUAUUACCUGUUGUAGUGUGGAUAUCGUGUGUUACGUGUACUGUGUGUAUUUAACAUGUUCGUAAAUUUUAAUAAAAAAUUAAUUUAAAAAUGUU